UGUCAAAGACUUUGAACUUCCGGACGAAUCCCUGGCGAAGUCGAUUGCUGCCUGAAUCGAAGCCAACGCAAGCGAGAGCAGCGACAACGAGGAGCGUCUGGAAGAAUGGCUCCUCUUGCCCCCAAGACUGGAGACGCAGUUUUCGCCAGCAUCGAUCAUGUGAAUGCGGAACUGUUCACGCUCACAUACGGGGCAAUGGUACGGCAGCUCCUUACGGAUCUUGAGGAGGUAGAAGAGGUCAACAAGCAGCUCGAUCAGAUGGGAUACAACAUUGGUGUUCGAUUGAUAGAUGAGUUCCUGGCCAAAUCCAAUGUCUCUAGAUGUGUUGACUUCAAGGAGACAGCCGAUGUAAUUGCAAAGGUAGGUUUUAAAAUGUUCCUAGGGGUGACUGCAUCUGUGACCAACUGGGAUGCUGAGGGAACAAGUUUCAGUCUUGUGCUGGAGGAUAAUCCCUUGGUAGACUUUGUUGAGCUUCCUGAUACUUUCCAAGGUCUUCACUACUGCAACAUCUUAAGUGGGGUUAUUCGAGGAGCACUGGAGAUGCUUUUUGUUGAUCGCAGGUGUCAAUGAAGACGGAAGUCACUUGGGUGCGAGAUAUGCUUCAUGGAGAUGAUGCAUACGAACUCCGAGUGAAGCUUCUGAAGCAGAUCCCAGAGGAGUACCCAUACAAGGAUGAUGAGUAAACUAGAUGUUUAGCUAAUGAUCUGGUUUGUGAACAUCUGUGAUCCUUCUUAUCCCCCUCUUAACAUUCUCAUCUUUGUCUUGCCCUGCACACCAUGCACACCAUACGCUAUGUAUAUCGUCUACCAACUAUUGAAUUUUCUAAAACUUUAGGAAAACAAACAUGAAUUGUAAACUUCUGUUGCUGGUGCAAUAGUGUGCUAUUCCAUGGGAAUUGAUUCA